UUGAUUAGCGGUGGCCAGUUUGGUAGGCUUCGGGUUUGGGAUUCCAAAUCUCAAAGAUGCAUAGUUGAAAUCCGUGGUCCUCUUGAUCGAUGUGUCUCUUCUGAUGCCUUGGGUGUCUCUGUGAACGAGUUGCACACGCCAGACUAUGGUCUUCAUUCUAUCAUGCAACUUCACAUUGAUUCUACUUUUUCAUGCAAAGACGAUAAGGUUGGCCAACUGAUUUUGGUGCGUCAGAGCAAUCAUGUUGAAUUCUACAACUUAUGGGACAUGAAAUUGGAUAGUGAGCGCCUUCGUAACAUGCAUAUAUUUGUAUUCUCCACUGUUUUGACCCCUAAGUUCCUAGGUGAUAUUGGCCAGGUGCAGCAACUUUGUGUUGCAGGUCGUUCCCAUUCUAGACUGGUACUAGCAGAUUCUUCUGAUCGAUUGAAGAUCUUUCUACGGCCACCGGGCCUGACUAAGUCUGCGAAUGCUGGGUGGGCUUGUCAUCUAGUUCCAGAUGGCCAUUCUGCCCCCAUACUUGACCUAGCCGUUUCUACAUGCGGUGAAUGGCUAGCUACAGGGGCUCGGGAUAACGCAAUCUGCCUUUGGAGGAUUGUAGAAACGACUGAUGAGGCUGCCAUAGACGAAAAGCCAUCAGACGUAUGCCGAGACACAGUGAAAGUGAUUCUGAUUGCUCAUCAGCUGUCUGCACAUGCUGCGCACGUCACUGCUGUUUGCUUUGAUAGGUAA